AUGAAUACAGUAAAGUAAGAGAGAAGUAGAAAUUCAAUCUAUAUGCAACCAGAUUAAGAUUAAUAAGUUAUAAUAUAAAAAGGAGAAUAAGAAGAAAUCAAUCCCUAAUCAUUAUUUAUUUAUUUGAACGGUGAAGAAAUAAAAUUUUCAAUACCCGAAAUCGACGAAGCUAAAGAAUUAGCUCUACUUAUUCAAAAAAAUGAAAUUAUUCCAGAUGCUCGAGAAUUAGGUUAUGUAGAAUAAUUUUUUUUAAAAUACAAAGAAUUUGAAGAAAGAUUUGAUACAUAUUGCACAUGUAGAGUUCAAGAAAAAUAAUUAAGUUUCAGUCUCAAUGAAUUAAUCACAACAAUAGUGUAUUGGAGCACUUUCUUUAGUGUUAUCUCAGAAUCUAUUGUAAUUAAAAAAAUUUAAUCUUAGGCAAUUCAAAAUAGUUCAAUCAUCGAAAAUGAUGAAAUUCGCUAAUAACUAGCUCAAUAAUUGCCUGUAUAUGCUUUUUUAUAUACAUUAUCAUCAUAAAUGUAAUAAUGAAAAAAAUUUUUAGAUGUUAAAAAAGAAAUGAGUAUUGGAUUUGGAUAGUUUUAUUUAUAGUUUUAAUAAUAGUACCAGUUUCGGUUCUGGUAGGAUACCAUCUUAACCUUUUUGGAAAUUAUGAAGGAUUUUCAGGGGAUUAUGUAGGAGUUGGCUAUUGUAUAUUAAGUAUUGCUAUUUUUAUAAACUCAAUCAUAAAUAGAGGAUUUUUAUAUUAUAUUAAGAAAAUUUCAUCAACUCUUAUAGCAACAUUAUUUAAUUGUAGCUUUUGUGUUUUAGUGUCAUAUUUUAUAAUAUUUAAAAUAAUAGCUUUUAUACUUUUAAUUGAAUCAACAACUUUAGAAUAUAUAAUUGAUAAUAUCAUUUAAAUAAUUGCUCCAUCAACUUUUAUAGUAAUAUUUUUUUUAUCAAUAUUUUUAAUAAAAGGAUUAUUUCAUAUCCCAUAAAAGACAAUUCGUUGGGAUUUAUAUUAAUUAUCAUUAUUAAAAUAUGCAAAUGAACAAAUAUAAAAAGAUUAUCUAAAUUAUAAAACGAAUAAAAAAGUAACUACUUUAUUUAAGAAAAUAAAAUUAGAAUAUAUUGUUCCAAUAUUUAUUUCAAUUUUUUAUGCUACAAUUGAGAUCAUUUGCUAUAUUUAUUUAAUCACUGGAUUACAAUCAUAUGAUUUUGAUUAAAUUAUAACUUUUGGUUUUUUACUUAUUGGAAUACCUAUUUUUAUAAUCUUAGGAAUUGUUAUAAGUAAUACAAGAUUCACGAAAAAGAAUUUAUAUUUAUUUACGACUUUAUUAUUUACUGUUGUUUUAAGUGUUAUAUGCAUAAAAGUAUGGAGCAUGACUUUUGAAAAUGAAUAUAUCGGUUCGAUUUCAAGAUUAAUAGGUAUUUGUCCAUUAAUUAUAUCUUUGAUGUGGCUAACAGUAGCAUUUUUUAGAUCUGAAAAAAAAUAUUAAAAAUAUUUGGUAAUGUUUUUUUCAUGUUUUUCAUUUGCUCUACCUUUAGGAAUUCUUUUAACAUUUUAUGAAUAUUUUGACGAUUAAAAAUUUUACAUAGCUACUAUUGUUUUAUUAUGUAUUGGAAUUAUUCCAAUUUUAAUACUUAUUAUUUAUUAUAUAUUUGUGGUCUCAAUAUAUCUUAUAAAAUUACCAUAGCAAGCAGAAAAAUUGUUAUUUACUGCUUACGAGUAUGUUAACUUAAAUAAUUAUGCAGUUUGGUAUAAUUCCAUAUGUUAUAUAAUAUCAUUUUAUUUCAUCUGUUAUUUUGCUUGGAAUGAACCGAUCACAGCAACUGGAACUAAAAAAGGAACAGUAAAUUAUAAUUUUAUUCUUAUAGAUAAUUGGUUUAUUGAGUAUUCAUUCUGUUUUAUUUAUUUUAACAAAUCAUGCUUUAUCUUUUGAAGCUAAAGAGAAAAUUUAAGAUGAAGAAUAAUUAUAAAAUCAAAUUAAACCUGGAAGAUUUUUAAAUAGAAUUUCGGAUAUUACAAUAGUUGGCUCAAUAGUACCAUUUAUAGUCUUAAUGCCAAUAGGUUUGUCUGUAGAUAAUGAAGUAACAAAAAAUGCAUUAUUAGCAAAUGCAAUUGGUUUACCAUUAUCAUUUUUAUAUUACAAAUAUUAGAUGACAUUAAAACAAGAUUCAAUUUAAUAUUAAAAUUUUACCCAACCCCUUGUUGUAAUUUUAGUAUGGACAUUUAUAUUAGGUCCAAUUGGAACUAUAUUUCCAAUUUUAGCAGAUUAUUAUGAAAACUCUUCUUCGGAGUUCGCCAUAUUUGCAUAAUUAGCUGUAGCUUAUUCUAUAUUAAUUAUCAUAAUAAGUGUAACUGUAUUAUCCAUUUUUUAUUCUGUUUUGUUAAACAAAGAAGAAUUAGAAAAGAGAAAAAAAGAAGUACUAAAAGUAGUAAUGGAAUAAUUUGCAAAAAAAGGGGUUUAUGCAACCGAAGAAAUUUCAUCCUUACUUUUUGUUAGAUUUGUUCAACAUAGAGAUUCAGUUAAACUAAAAAAUGAUUUAACUUAAUAAGGAGAUCCAGUGAAUAUGUAUGAACAUCCAGAACCUUAAGAAAAUGGAAUUAAAUAUAUUCUUGUUACAAAAAAAGAUUAUGAAAAUAAAAAGAAAUUAGAAUAAAUUCAAAAUAAUAGAAGAAAUAGAUAUAGAAAUAGUUUAAGCUUAACUUAAAUAGAUAAUUAAUCUUAAUCAUCUGCAGAUACUAUGAAACAAUAAUAAGAGCAGAGUGGAUUUUGGUACACAAUUUAAGAUUUUUUAUUCUCCUGUUUAUUGUGCAAAAUAGGAUUUUAUGAAUUAGAAGAAAUGGAGACAAAUGAAAAGCUUAAAAACGAUGAAAUAAAAAUGCUUGAAGAAGUAAAAUAAAAGUUGGAAGAUGAAAAAAAGAAUAAUGAAGAGGUAAAACGAAAAAAAAACAAAAAGUUAACAUUCAAAGAAAGAUCAAGAAAGAGAAAUUCUACUAUUUUAUAAGAAGACAAAGCGGAAUACGAUUAAUUCAAACCUUUAUAAAAGGAUCCUUAAAGAGCAAAGAGAUUUUGGCAAGCAAUCUAUUAAAUUUUUUAAAAAAAAGAUGACUUCCUUUUAGUAUUAGAAGUAUUAGCUUUAGAUGAUGAUUUUGAAACUUUAUAAUAAUAUGAGAGCUUUAAAUAAAUAAAUGAUAAUUUUACUUUAUCUGCAGAAGACUUUGCCUUGUUAAUUUAUGAUAAUUUUAAAUAAGAAAAUGAAUCUUAUUUAUAAACGCUUCAAAGGAUAGCAAUUCAAAAGUAUUUCUUAUUUUAAGAUAUCAUUCCUGACUUAAAGAAUUUUAUAAGAGAUUAAAAGGAUCUUCGAGGUGGAUUUGAAGAAGAUAAUUUUAUACUCAUUUAAAAGUUCUAGGAGGAAAGAAAAGAAUUGAAUAAAAUUUCACCAAAUGAAAAAGAUAAUGAAGAAAGUAAAAAUUAAUAUUAAGGUCAAGAAUAAAUUGAGUUUUUAUAUGAAAUAGAAUUGGAGAAAUUAAAUAAUAAAUACAAAAUAUAAAACAAUCCAAGUGAAUUUAAAAAAAAAAUAUGGUAAAUUUGUAAAAGUAUGCAUACAUUUAUUUGGAUUGCACCAAAAAAAUAUACAUAAAGAUUUAUGAAUUAAUUAGCAGAUAUUUACAGUAAACUUGCUCCUGUUUAACCAGAAAAAAAAGAAAUUAACCCAGAUUGGUAAGCAAUAGCUCCUUUAAUAGUUGAUAGUUUAGUUAAUGAAUUUAAUGAAUUUGAUAAGAGGAAAAAUGAAUAAGUAUUCCAUUUUAAACUGACAAUAACAAAUUUUUUGGCAGUGUUUUUAAGAGUUUAUGAUUUAUAUGGAUUAAUAACACUAGCAUUUGAUUCUCAAGUAGGUUGGAUGGGAAAUAAUAAUUCUGAAUUUAAACCCAUAAAAAUGGUUGAUUAUUCUGCUAUUUGGAGUUAAUAUAAUUUUUUUUUCUUUAUGGCUAUUUUGAUGAGUUUCGCUUAUAUAAUUUUAGGAUUAUAAGCUAGCAAAUAAAUAGCUGAUAAUACAUUUGGUUAUGAUGAGAAUAGAUAAAUAGCAGGAAUUACAAGUUCAAGAUUUUGGGUGAGUAAAACAAUUUAAAUUAUUAGUGGACAAUUUAUAUUUGUAAUGAAAACUUAUAUUGAUUCAUUUAUUUGUGACUACAGUGAGUAUCCUUAUACUUUAAUAAGAUAACCAUCUGUAGAGUGUAUGAGUGAUUUUCAUUUCUUAUAUAUAUCUUUUGCUAUAAUAGGUUGUGGAAUUUAUUACCCUUUAUCAACAUAUUUGCAACCUACUUUUCAAUUUAUGGAUCGUUCUUUGGAUUUUAAAUUUAAAUCAAAUUUUGUAGUGUUAUAUAUAUAGGCUAAAUUAUUGAUUUUAGGAUCAAGUUCUGUAUUUUCAAACUUACAAGAAUCCUCAUAUUUAUACUAAAUGCUUUUAGAUUUUUUUGUGAUGGCUGGAUUAGUUUANGAGAUUAAAAGGAUCUUCGAGGUGGAUUUGAAGAAGAUAAUUUUAUACUCAUUUAAAAGUUCUAGGAGGAAAGAAAAGAAUUGAAUAAAAUUUCACCAAAUGAAAAAGAUAAUGAAGAAAGUAAAAAUUAAUAUUAAGGUCAAGAAUAAAUUGAGUUUUUAUAUGAAAUAGAAUUGGAGAAAUUAAAUAAUAAAUACAAAAUAUAAAACAAUCCAAGUGAAUUUAAAAAAAAAAUAUGGUAAAUUUGUAAAAGUAUGCAUACAUUUAUUUGGAUUGCACCAAAAAAAUAUACAUAAAGAUUUAUGAAUUAAUUAGCAGAUAUUUACAGUAAACUUGCUCCUGUUUAACCAGAAAAAAAAGAAAUUAACCCAGAUUGGUAAGCAAUAGCUCCUUUAAUAGUUGAUAGUUUAGUUAAUGAAUUUAAUGAAUUUGAUAAGAGGAAAAAUGAAUAAGUAUUCCAUUUUAAACUGACAAUAACAAAUUUUUUGGCAGUGUUUUUAAGAGUUUAUGAUUUAUAUGGAUUAAUAACACUAGCAUUUGAUUCUCAAGUAGGUUGGAUGGGAAAUAAUAAUUCUGAAUUUAAACCCAUAAAAAUGGUUGAUUAUUCUGCUAUUUGGAGUUAAUAUAAUUUUUUUUUCUUUAUGGCUAUUUUGAUGAGUUUCGCUUAUAUAAUUUUAGGAUUAUAAGCUAGCAAAUAAAUAGCUGAUAAUACAUUUGGUUAUGAUGAGAAUAGAUAAAUAGCAGGAAUUACAAGUUCAAGAUUUUGGGUGAGUAAAACAAUUUAAAUUAUUAGUGGACAAUUUAUAUUUGUAAUGAAAACUUAUAUUGAUUCAUUUAUUUGUGACUACAGUGAGUAUCCUUAUACUUUAAUAAGAUAACCAUCUGUAGAGUGUAUGAGUGAUUUUCAUUUCUUAUAUAUAUCUUUUGCUAUAAUAGGUUGUGGAAUUUAUUACCCUUUAUCAACAUAUUUGCAACCUACUUUUCAAUUUAUGGAUCGUUCUUUGGAUUUUAAAUUUAAAUCAAAUUUUGUAGUGUUAUAUAUAUAGGCUAAAUUAUUGAUUUUAGGAUCAAGUUCUGUAUUUUCAAACUUACAAGAAUCCUCAUAUUUAUACUAAAUGCUUUUAGAUUUUUUUGUGAUGGCUGGAUUAGUUUAUUUCCAUUAUAAAUUAGAUCCCUGUUACAUUAAAUGGUUUAAUGUGGUUGACAGAUCUUUAUUACUAAUUUUAUGUUAUGUAUUUAAAUAUUAUUGAAAAUAGUUCUACUUCGGAGCAUUUGUAAUUAUGGCGAGUAAAAAUGUUGCAGCUGGUUGGGUGAUAUCCUCAGUUUUUACUGUUUGUACUUUGGCGUAUCUAGCAUAUUCCUUAAUUAAAAUAUUUUAUAGAAAUAAUAAUAAAAAUUCAGUGAUGCCUAUCUGA